AUGAAGAGGUCUGUCAUUAAGCGUCGUAAGCGUGUCGCUUUGGCUACUUCGCCUCCCCCACCAACUAAUCAAUCUGGGGGUUCAGACAAUGAACAUUCCUCCUCUCGUAAGAGCCGUAUUCAUCAUCCUCCUACUCCCGCUUCUACUUCCGGUUCUGAGCGUGGUUACAUUUCUUCGGAUGAUGAAACUACUAUUGAUGAUUUUUCUUUGUCUAAUCGUAAAAGAAAAGUUGACGACCAUUCCAUCUCUAACAAGCGUCGUUGUAACUCAAAUAACAUUAGACAAGUUCCUCCUAUUGAAGAUUAUGUUUGCAAUAAACUUAGUGGUGCUAUGUGGGAUGAUCGUAGAAGAGAGAGUUUAACUCCUGUGGAACCAAUUUUACAAAAUCAAGUCCAUAUUCAUCAAAAUAAUGUUGCAUUCAAUAACAAUCGUACUAUGGGCACUCCUAGCGUUCCAUUACCUUCUGUCUUUCCUUCUCAAUAUAAUGAUGGUUCCAGUUCUCCUAGUCAUAACUCUUCAAUCUCCUCUUUAUUGAACCCAUCUACUUCUGCUAGUAAUGGUCUUCCUCAAUUACCUCCUCUUAGUUCUAUUCCUUCUAAUAUUCCUUCUGCAAACAUGGUUUCUUCUAGUCCUCCUCAUAUGAGUGGUUUACCUAUUUCUAAUCAUCAACCACAAUCUAAAAUUACUCAGCAACUCUUGAAUCAUCGUCAUGAGUUACAGAGUGAAGUUUCUCGUCUCAAUAUGCUUCUUAGUAAAACUACCGCCAUUUUGGUUGACUUGGAUAAAGCUAUUGUUAAUGGAUCUAUUCCUAAUACUCCUUAUGGAUCACCUGAUAAAUCUUUGGCUAACAAUGGCAAUAAUUAUGGUAUGCCUACGCCUCCUCCUUCUGAUGGUCAUAAUAUUUAUAUGACUUUACCUCCACUUACUCCUUCGGGUUCUCCAGAUUCUCGUUAA